AAGCCUUUUCCAUUGUCAAGCACACACUAAACCCAGUCACGGAAAAACAGCUACAUGUGCAUCAGAAAAUUCACACACACGAGACUACUCCCUCUCCUUAACCUAAAAUAUUUGAAUAAGCACAAAUCCAGCAGUUGCCGUGUGACGGCGAUUAUUUUUUUUUUCCACAAAAUUCAAUCCAAAAUCCACCAGACCAUUUAGAUAGACCCUUUCAACAUUCCUCCUUCAAACUUGAUAACUAGUUUAUUUUCCCCUACUACAAACCCGAAAAGAUAAAAUAAAUUCAUCGUGAUCCAUCUUUAAUGCCAAUGAUUCCCACCUUCGAUUCCUUUGCUUCCCAGACUCUCAUCACUUGAUCAAUCAUUCUGCCCAUAAUCUUUUCAAUUAAUCGGAGACCCUUUUCGGUUUUGCCUUUACUCCACUAAUUCUCACCUCCAAAACCAUCAUGUUUCUCGCAAAUCUCGCUUUACUGGUUUUCUCCAUCGUUUUCCUGAUUGUGGUUUUCAGAUUUUUGGCCAAAACAAGCUUAAUACAUUCCUUGAAAAGGGGCUGGCAGUUCUUGGAAGGAAAAUCCUAUGUAUACCAGUUCUACAGGGUGCCGAAAUUCAACGAAAACAUGCAGGAAAAUCAACUCUACCGAAAGGUUUACACGUACCUUAAUUCUCUACCUUGCGUUGAAGAUUCCGAAUUCGCGAACCUCUUCUCCGGCUCUAAGUCCACUGAAAUCAAUCUGAUUCUCGACGAGAAUCAAACUAUCGCCGAUCACUUCCUCGGCGCGAGAGUGUGCUGGAAGAUCGAGAACUGCGAGGAAAAGGGCGUUAAGUCGCUCGUUCUGAAGAUCAGAAAGAACGACAAACGCAGGAUUUUAGUUCCCUAUUUGCAACAUAUUCAUCAAGUGUUUGACGAGAUUGAGCAGAAGAGGAAAGAGGUGAGACUGUACGUCAACGUAGAGAACGGACUGCAGAGAGAUGGACGGUGGAGAUCGACGUCGUUCACCCAUCCAGCGACGAUGGAAACCAUCGUCAUGGACGCGGAUCUGAAGACUAGAAUCAAAUCCGAUUUGGAGAAUUUUUUGAAAUCCAGGCAGUAUUACCACCGCUUAGGCCGUGUUUGGAAGAGAAGCUAUUUGUUGUACGGGUCAGGGGGUACGGGUAAAUCCACAUUCAUAGCUGCAAUGGCGAAGUUCCUGAGCUACGACAUUUACGAAAUCAAUCUGCACAAAGUAGAAAACGACGCCGAUCUGAACUACCUCCUCCUCCAAACAACAAAAAAGUCCAUACUCGUGAUCGAGGAUCUGGACCGCUACCUGGCCGAAAAAUCAUCGGCGGUCAGCUUGUCGGGAAUCCUGAACUUCAUGGACGGAAUAUUCUCCUGCUGCGGCGAAGAGAGAGUGAUGAUUUUCACCAUGAACAGUAAGGAAAACGUCGGCGCGUGCCUUCUACGCCCCGGCAGAAUCGACGUGCACAUCAACUUCCCCCUCUGCGAUUUUACCGCGUUCAAAAGUUUAGCCAGCAGUCAUUUAGGAUUGAAAGAUCACAAAUUGUUUCCGCAAGUGGAGGAGAUCUUCCAAACCGGGGCGACUCUGAGUCCGGCCGAGAUUUGCGAGAUCAUGAUAUCGAACCGGGGUUCACCGAGCCGGGCAUUGAAAACCGUCAUCACGGCACUGCAAACCGACCUUGCGGGUAGGGUCAGGAGACGGCUGAGUGGGUCCGGGUCUGGACGGGUUGUGGAUGAAACGGAGGAGUCAGGUAAGGAAGGGCAAAACGGGAUUCAUCCUAUGAAGGAGAUCAAGAAUUUUUACGGAUUUUUGAAGUCGAGGAGUAGUAGAAAGGCUUCGUUGGACAAAUUUGAUGUUGAACCCGUUGAAAGGGAAAAUUCGGGUUCGGUCCAUAUUCAUGAUAAUUGAAUCGGGUUUUAUUGAAUUGAAUUCGGGGCUCCGAUAAUUGGAAGCCUCUUUUUGUUAUUUUUUACUGGUGUAGAUGAUUUCAUUUUUUCAGAUGUUGCUUUUUGGGUCUUUGAAAUUAUUAGAUUGACUUGUAAAAGAUUACACCAUAGCAUAUACUUGUACAUUUCUGAAAAAAGUCUCUAAGCUUUUUUUGUUAAUUGUUUAAUUUACAAUAAUUAAUUGCAUAACUUAGUA